AUGUCGCAUGAAGACCGACACCGAAAUAAGAAGGGGACACACACCUUGGUGCGGCGUCUGCUGCCAUUUUUGAUUCUGCUGCUGGCGCUCACCACCACCACCAUUAUUCUUGUCACAAACUCCAUUGCGACCGACCUGGUGUUCGACGGCAGCCAAAAAAUUGACCGCUACCCGAACUACGCCCACGAUAAACAGAGGAAGUAUAAUAACAACAAUAACAACGGUCAAGGCCACAAAGUUGAUAGAAGGGCCACCGUGAUGCGUGCGGAAUCUGAACCCCCCGUUACUUCGUUUGUCAACCCGUACGACGUCGGGUACCUCCUUUCGCUUGUGCAGUCGUCAACGCCUCUCGAUGCCGGUCUCGCCAUACCACUGAAUGUGGGUGUGGCAUACUAUCGCCCCAAAGGAAGAGAGAAAGUUCGCUGCAAUAAAAAAAGGUCCUCGCCCAACGACGAAACGAGACGUGACGCACGCCGCCGUAUCAUGGCGUACCGCUCACUUCCUCACACCACGUGUCUCGCGGCGCUCCUGUUGCGCCACUACAAGGACGUUGCGGAGGCGCUAGAGGCAGACUUCAGCAACGCGCAAAAUCAUCAAAAGCAGUGGGACAUGAAACUGCCACAUGACGUGGUACUGCCUGGUGAAAGGGAUAAUGAACGGAGACCGUUUUCCUUCGUUCCAAACACCACUGAGACUAUCCAGCGAAUUACACGCCUCUUUGAACGGCCGGACAAAAAGGACCGGCAGCGUCCCUCCUUUGACACACUCAGUGAAUGCAGAAAGGUUGCAGGUAUACUUCCAGGAUCUUCUCGCCACCCGCGCGACGCCACCUUUUUCGACGUGGCAAAUGUGUACUACGCCGGUGGACGCUUUGUUCUGUUUGUCCAUAACAACAGCGAUAGCGACCUUGGUGCCGCGGGCCCAUCACCGCAGUUGGUGCCUCCACUUUCUUCCAUGAUGCUGCAGCAGGAACGUCUCACUGAGGACGAAGCGGCGGAGGCUAUGCAGCAGAGUGUGAUGCCGGCGGCCAAAGCCGCAGCCGUGACGCCGCAGCUCCUUACAAAGGUGAAACUGUGCUUUGGAACCAUGUUUCCCUUCGUGAAAAAUAGCUGGCCACAGCAAACACGUGAUACGCUGCCAUUAUUUAUCGUCAGUGUGCAGAAGGUUCAGGGUUUUGAUGAUACGAACAGCAACAAAUGGGGUGACACGGAGCAGUACGGCGUUGGGUACUACCAGCCGCCGACGGACUUUCAGGUGCCGCACCACACCCUUGUGGAGACAGUCAUGACGAGUUUUCUGUCGCAACAGCACUUCCUUCGCUCACGUACGGCGUAUGAGGAGGAAGUGGAGCGCCUGCGCCAGCAAUCAGGCUACGCGCUGGUGCUCACAUCGAGACCGUACUACACUACAAGUGGUCCGUUCAGUCUGCACGGGUGUCACCUUGCCUUUGAGCGUUGCUUGACGAGCAGCCCGUGGGGUGGCAUGUACCUCGGUCAGCUUCAACAAUUUGCAGUAGCGCUAAAGAAGAAACAACAACAGCAAGAGUGCAACGGUGAACCAGCGGAGGUGCAACGGAACCGUGAUAUGAAAGAGCCGCUGGAAUUUCAAUACUUCCGAAACGACACGCUGAAUCAGCAUCAUUGGGUGUAUGGUAUACGCGCCAACGAGACGCAGUUCGGGUACAUAAUGGACGAAAAAAGAAGUAAGACGAGUGAGAAAAAGCCAUUCCUGCAUUAUGUGGUGAAUGUUUCAGAGUUUCCGGCCAUGACCAGUAAUUUUUAUCCUUCUAAAGCCGGAGAUGGGUCAUUGUUUUAUUUGAAGAAUCUUCUAGUUGGUUACCCGACGCAUUGUGAACCUUUGCUGGGGCAGGAUCCGUUCUAUGCAGACAUGGUGCAUACGUUGUUUCGCCGUUUCAUGCCUAACAACAAGUAUGUCUCGUACGAGGAACUCCUUGAAGCGCUCUUGGCGCAGAAGGACAUAGAAACUAAAGUGGAUAAGCCGUCACUGCUUGUGUGGAAACAGUGGCUUGCACUAUUCUAUGUCAGCUACAAAGAUUGCCAAGCGCACUUGGCCCAAUUUCGGAAGCUGCAUCUGACAAAAGCGCUUGUUGACUUUCUGCGUGAAGAAGGAAGGCUAAUCGACAGCAACAGCAUCAGCAGGACCAAUGCUGCUAUCAAAACGGAGGAGCCGUUGGUGUCUUUUCCCCUCGAGGAGGGGGGAGGCUCAGGCGGUAGAAGUAACUUCUACCACCAUCUUUCACUGAAGGCAACUGGGAAAAGCGUUUCUGUUGAUGCCACCACCAGCGACAGAAAUACAGUUUCCGGUGUAUUAGAAUUUAGCAGUGUAUUUCGUCUUUUUUUCACUCCCCUCGUGACGGAAAUAUCGGCGGAGGCUCGUAACCAGGUGAAAGACCGGACAAGCAAGAAUGCUGAUGAUGAUGUGCUCAUAUUUUACUCUUCUCGACACGGCGAUUGGGCGCGUGACGUUAUCAAUGAGCAAAAAAUGCUGCCACGCCUGCCGCUUGACGUGGCUGCGCUGCUCCACGAGAGGGCCAAUGCACAUGGUGGCAACGGCCACGAAACUCGAAAGCAAUGGCAGCCACGACGUGUGCACCUGCGCAUCGAGCACUUCAAUAGUACAUUGUCGCAUGGGCGACAACUCUUUGAGCAGAUGGAGGCACAUCGUACCACUAUCUUUAUUGGUGCACCGGGGGCCAACCUGCUGAAUAGCCUUUUACUCCGCCCAACAGCUGGCGUCAUUACACUUUCUACGCGCCCCACCAUUAACAGAGUGUUCUACCCAACGUCUGUGUUCCCGCGCUAUGAGGAAAGCUGCAGUAAUAGCAGUGUCGAGAGUUGUGCAUGGGGAGCAAGUGGCCUGAUGUGGCGCAGUGUUGCUCUGCAGCAGGCGUGCAAUCGUAAGAUAUCCGGAGCGCGAUUGUGCCGCUGGGGAACCGAUAACACCAAUAACCUGAUACUGGGAGAUGAUGAAUAUCGGCGUCUUGUGAUUGCGGUGGUGAGCAUUGUGGAGGCGCAGGACCGUCUGCGACUGGGAACUUGA